UUACGAUCCAUCAUUUCCACUAAGUUUCAACUGACGUGUAUACGGGUCUUUAAGUACUAUAUGGUACUUAGAUUCCUUGAAAGUGUGCAAGUGUCAAACUUCUUUAAGUCACCUGCUCCUUUCACUGAGUCCUGUAGUUUGAGAACUAGCUAAUGCUAAAGAUCAUCGGUGCAGUGGCUUGUUAAAAAUAGUCUUUUGCAUCUCAAUGUUGGAACUAUUUGUUAACCGUGUGAAGAUAUGUUUGUGGUGUACUUCACGAUAGUUGACUAUUACAGUAUAAAAUCCCCAAGUACUUGUGAAGAGCGAGUAAUUAAUGUAUUGAAAGAAUUGGACGCAUUGUAUGAGUGUAUAAUUGUUAAAAUAAUAUGUAAGUCAGAGGAAAGCUUUGCACAACAGUGCUAAAGAUUUGCUGAUUUGGGGAAAAAGACUAAAUAUCCUGGAUGAUCCUCAUAAGAGGAAAGUGCCAUUUAUAGGACUUUACUAAGAUUAUGUGAUGAAAGGAUACACUUUCUAACUUACGGUUCGUCUGCAGUCCACAAUAUACCAAUCCUUUGCACUUUAUUUUCUUGUAACGCUUUUCUAUUGGUGUUUGGCUAGUUACUAGGUUAAGUAAGAUACUCUUAUAUAGGUGAGUGAUAUUGUUAUUUGGAGUGUAAGGGUCUGUGUGACUGUUGAAUUGAAUAACAAAGUAGUGAAUUUUCGUGAGUGAUGUUGAAUUAUAUAUUGUUAUUAGGAAGUUGAGGAGAAUUCUCAGUUGAGUUCUUAAUUAGUUGCUUACUUUGUUCUUUAAAAUAGUUUUCUAAUCCUUGAAAGAGGCUUACAUGCUGUAGUUUGAAUACUAACGAAAUUCUGCAUCAGUAUAUACAACGUUUUUCUUGCUUCUGAUCAAAAUCUUUGUGUUCAUCUAUACUUUUUGACUUCAAUGAAUGUAUUGGAAAUUGUCUGAUUUAAAAUAAGAACUAAUUUGUUGUUCCUGCUGAGUGUUAAUGAGGUAUAUUCUGUGUAUCCUAGGGGCUUGUGGUUUGAUCGACUUUAUGGUACAUUGUUAAAAAUGGAUCAGUUUGGAAAUAUCCUUUCGUGUUUACGUGGAUUUCAUCUUAUUCAGAGAGAAGAGCUUCGAGCAAUGUACCCAAAUAAAUUUGUGAAGUUUGAUGAGAAGCGUAUUGAGAUAAUGAACACUUUAUUCAGUCUUCCAGAAACCUAUAUGCUUUCAUGUGUAAUUAACCUAUUUGUCAGCGACUCUGAUUACAUAAAGACAGAGCAUGGUUUGAAGAAGGGGACUUUGUAUAUGUCUUAUGCUUCAAUUUACGAGGAUGUGAGAGCUGCAUGUGACUGGAUGCAUAGAGGGGAACUAAAGCAACGUACUUUGGCGAAUAUAGAGGAAUAUGUUGAACGUGAUCCCCGUCUUUGUGUUUUGUUAGAUAGGUUACGUGUAAAUGGUGCCAAAGUAUUCUUACUGACCAACAGUGAUUUUGAGUACUCUGAUGCGAUUAUGAGUUACAUUUUGGAAAUUCCUAGACCUGAUGGUACCAUCAGGAAAUGGACAACUUAUUUCGACUAUAUUGUGACUGAUGCAAGGAAACCGGCGUUUUUCCAAGAAGGAACCAUUUUAAGAGUUGUUUCACAGGAAACUGGUCAACCGAGUAUAGGUCAUCACAUGGGUCCUUUAGAAACUGGUCAAAUAUACUCUGGAGGUUCUUGUGAAGUCUUUUCAAGUUUAAUUGGUGCUCGUGGUAAAGAUGUCCUGUAUGUCGGUGAUCAUGUUUAUGGUGAUAUAUUGAAGUCGAAGAAGACUGUCGGUUGGCGGACGUAUCUAAUUAUCCCUGAAUUGGCGAAUGAAGUUUAUGUAUGGAAGAGAAAGAAAUCGUUAUUUGAUGAAUUGCAGAGGAUUGAUAACAAUUUAGAAACAAUUUAUCGUGACCUGAAUAUAUCGUCCAACAUAAGACCAGAUGUUGGUAAUUUGCAGAGGAAGAUUCGGGAUGUAGCUCAAAAAAUGGAAGAAUCAUACGGUGCAUUGGGCAGCAUUUUCAGAAAUGGUUCUCGACAUACAUUUUUCUCAUCUCAAGUACUACGCUAUGCAGAUUUGUAUUCAUUUUCUUGUAUCAAUCUAAUAUACUAUCCAUUGUGUUAUAUGUUUCGUGCACCUACUAUGCUUAUGCCGCAUGAGUCAACUGUGUCUCAUGGAGAUUCACCGAAAGACAGUUUCUCAGAUUUGGAUUUUGUGCCUUGUGGAAUUCGUCGACGUACUAAAAUUGGUCUAAAUUCAGUGACAUCGGUUGACCGUGAUGGCAAUUCUUCACUCGUAGAAAAUGAGCAAUGUGCUAAUAAUAAUUCUGACAAUAAUAAUGGUGGUCUCGGUGAUAAAUCACAAGAUUUAUCAGAUUUUUCCGACUAAAGAUUUUUGAAGCCCAAUCAAAAGUCUUACAAUUCUAAUAAUUGUUAAGACAGUAGAAGAGAAGAAUGUUUAGAAAGAAGGAACGCUUGCUUGCUGCUUGCUUGCCAGCUAGAGAUAGUCACAAUCGAAGUGUGAAAUUUGAUUCAUCUCUGUCGUCUAGUCGAGAUAUAUCAACAUAGAAUAUACUCACUUUUACUCACACACACACACACUUGUUGCCUCAUUUCUUCCUUCUUAUAUUAUUAUUUUCUGUUGUUGCUGUUGUUCUUCGUGGUGGUGGUGGUGAUGUUUUCUUCAAUUGCUCAUAAUUUUAUUACUUACAAUCAAUUUUUAAUUGUAAUUGUUACAUUGAUGAAUUAGUUAAAUAAUGAAAAACACUUCACUAGUGUGUACACUACUUUCUCACUUUCGCUUACUCUUUCCUAUCAUAUACAUAUAUAUAUAUUUAUAUUGAAAUGAAAUUGAAACAGAUAAAUAGACUUUCUACCUUCA